UCUAUAGAACGGGUUUGUGACACUGUGAUAUUGACAGCAUGUAGUCGUGAUCCUGUUGGCCGGGCAACAGCUCGCUCAUACUACUUCCCUCUUAUCUUAUCUAGAGCCGCACAGCCCCACCUGACCCAGGGGGAAGUGACGAUGACGAACUGCCCUCUCUGUCGCAUUGUUGCGCCUCGAAACCGAGCCGGAAGAUCAGCAUCCACGUCCAUCUGUUACCGACCUUCGACCAGCGCCCGCCCGACCACCCGUCGCCGAAGACCAGCUCGUUCUAAUCGCAACAAUCCGUUCGUCGCUAGAAUAUAACCCCUUGCUUGCGCUACCGGAAUCAACAUUCUGACCCUCCCACGAGAGGCAUCGCCGUUCCAACCUGUAUCCCCCCGCGUCCUCCCCCCUCUUCCGUCCCUGAAUCAUUUAACAUGGGCGGCAACGCGAGUAAAGUCACUGCCCAGGAUAAGGCCAUCCUCGAUCUCAAACUCCAGCGCGAUAAGCUCCACCAGUACCAGCGCCGCAUCACCGUUCUCACGGACAAGGAGACGGCCGUCGCCAAGCAGAUGCUCGCCAAGGGCGACAAGCCGCGCGCGCUGCUCGCCUUGCGCCGCAAGAAAUACCAAGAAUCGCUCCUCCAAAAGACGGACGCCCAGCUCGAGCAGCUCGAGAAGCUCACCUCGUCGGUCGAGUUCGCCAUGAUCCAGAAGGACGUCGUCUUUGGCCUGCAGCAGGGCACCAAGGUCCUCAAGGAGAUCCACUCGGAGAUGGGCGGCAUCGAGCACGUCGAGAAGCUCAUGGGCGAGACGGCCGACGCAAUCGCGUACCAAAAGGAAGUCAGCGACAUGCUCGGUGGUCGCAUCUCGGUCCAGGACGAGGAAGAGGUCGAGGACGAGCUAGCCGCGCUCGAGGCCAGCGUCGCCGCCGAAGACGCCGCCCGAAACCAGCCCAGGCAACACAAGCUCCCCACGGUGCCCGACACGGAAUUACCGGUGCCGGGGCUGGCAGAAGAGGAAGAAGAGCUGGCGGCGCAACAGCGGGUGCCGACGAGGCAGCCCAUGUUGGCCUCGUAGCCGGCCUGUUCACGUCCGUUAGUUUCUCUCCCUGUCACACCAUGUCCAUUUCUCUGUUUACUAUACCCGGUCCUUGGCGGCCGGUGGCGCUUGUUGAUUUCCAACGCAAAGCAUUCGUAGGGUCCAUUUGCAUUUUCAAGGAGUUGGGGUUUGGGGCCACGCCAGAUUUUCUUUGACUACUUGUUAUCUUUUUCCCCAUCAUCACGCGGGUGUCGAUACGACGAUAGACAGGAAGGGUGCCGAGAUCGUGUUGGUUCUCUUUGCUUUUUUUGGGGGGGGGGCGGGGGGCGGGGGAAGAACGGGUGGCUGUGGAUUCUCUUUGGAUCACACGGCCGGGUCGUUUCAGGGUGUUCUAUUCAGUGGUUAG